GGAAUCCAGUGAAGAAGGUCUGAGGCGAGGAGAGGAGAGGAUCAGGAGCAGGGAUCAGGGAGGAUCAGGGAUCCCCACCGCCAAACUGGCCACCACAAGCUAUCGGUUGGUUGUGGCGCCGGCGGGCAGCCAGCGAGGUUCGGCUGGCAAUGUGGUGGUGACCACCACCUCCUCGGGCAGCAACUCCUCGAACGGAGGGAAUGGCGGCGGAGGAGGCGGUGGAACUCCCGUCGGGGGCAGCAGUUCGGGCGGCGGCCUCAAUGUGACCACCAUCACAACGACGGGCGGAGGAGGCGGUGGCGGCCAGUUGCAGAGUGCCGGCAACAGUUCCCAGAGCAACGGCACCACCUACAAAAUAGAAAUGCUGGACGAGGAUAUGCAGAGCAUGGGUUCCGAGGACGACGACGAGGAUCUGAUCAGCAGCGAUGGCAGCUUGUACGAGGGAGAUCUGGGCUCCAUGCCCGUGAAUGACGACGUGGCCCACCAGUUGGCAGCCGCAGGACCAAUUGGCGUGGCAGCAGCGGCGGCCAUCGCGAGUUCCAAGAAGCGCAAGAGACCCCAUUGCUUCGAAACGAAUCCCUCGGUCAGGAAGAGGCAACAGAAUCGCCUGCUGCGCAAGCUGAGAGGGAUCAUCUAUGAGUUCACGGGCAGAGUGGGCAAACAGGCGGUGGUGUUGGUGGCCACGCCGGGCAAACCCAACACUAGCUACAAGGUGUUCGGGGCCAAGCCACUGGAGGAUGUGCUGCGCAACCUGAAGAACAUUGUGAUGGACGAACUGGACAAUGCGCUGGCCCAACAGGCGCCACCGCCUCCCCAGGACGAUCCGUCGCUCUUCGAACUUCCCGGGCUGGUGAUCGACGGCAUACCCACGCCCGUGGAGAAGAUGACCCAGGCCCAGCUGCGAGCCUUCAUCCCGCUGAUGCUGAAGUACUCGACGGGACGAGGGAAGCCCGGAUGGGGCAGGGAGUCGACCAGACCGCCCUGGUGGCCCAAGGAGCUGCCCUGGGCGAAUGUGAGGAUGGAUGCCCGCUCCGAGGACGACAAGCAGAAGAUCAGCUGGACGCACGCGCUGCGCAAGAUCGUGAUCAACUGCUACAAGUACCACGGCAGGGAGGACCUGCUGCCCACCUUUGCCGACGACGAGGACAAGGUCAACGCGCUGAUUUCGCAGUCGGGCGACGAGGACGAGGACAUGGAGCUUUCCAAUCCUCCCACCAUCCACACGGUCACGACCAUGACGCCGCCAACGGGCAACAGCAAUCAACCGCAGCAGGUGAACGUGGUGAAGAUCAACAGUGCUGGAACGGUGAUCACGACACAUACGGCCCAGAGCAACACGCCAGCUCCGACGAUCAUCCAGAGCACCAACAACCAGCAUGUGACCACGACGGCCACGCUGCCCGCCUCCACAAAGAUCGAGAUCUGCCAGGCGCCAACACAGCAGCAGCAGCACCACCAGCAGCAGACCCACCAGCAGCACCACCAGACCCACUUGCCCAGCACGGUGCACAUCCAGCCGGUGGCCGGCGGGCAGCCGCAGACGAUCCAGUUGACCACGGCCAGUGGGACGGCGACGGCCACCGCGGUGCCGACGACGGCCGCCGCCGUGAGUGCCGCCCAGGCCCACCAGCAUCAACACCAGCAUCAGCACCAGCAUUCGCAGGCCCAGGCGCACCAGCACUCCCAGUCGAGCGGCAACCAGACAGUCACUGCCCAGCAGAUCGCCAAUGCCCAAGUCUGCAUCGAGCCCAUUACGCUCAGCGACGUUGAUUACACCACGCAAACGGUGCUCUCCCAAAAUGCUGAUGGCACUGUGUCGCUGAUCCAGGUGGAUCCCAAUAACCCCAUCAUCACACUUCCGGAUGGAACAACUGCCCAGGUCCAAGGAGUUGCCACGCUCCACCAAGGCGAGGGCGGAGCCACCAUUCAGACGGUUCAGAGUCUCACCGAUGUCAACGGGCAUGAAAACAUGACCGUGGAUCUAACCGAGACGCAGGAUGGCCAAAUAUAUAUCACCACCGAGGAUGGCCAAGGCUAUCCCGUUUCGGUCAGCAAUGUGAUCUCGGUGCCCGUCUCCAUGUACCAGUCCGUGAUGGCCAACAUGCAGCAGAUCCAGACGAACAGCGAUGGAACGGUGUGCCUGGCGCCCAUGCAGGUAGAUACGAGUGCCAAUCGCACCACGCCCACCGCCGACAGUUCCUCCGCCUCCUCCUCGUUGGCAGGAAAUGGGGGCGUUCAGUGUUAUUCGCUGAUCUCGACGGGAUCGGCAGUCUUGGGCCGGCGGAGUGGUGCGGUGGUGGGUCAGCAGGUUGCUCCGGGGGGGCGUUACUACCUGGCCACCGCAACCACCAGUAGUAGCACAACCAGCAGCUCCACCAGUGGGUUUGGUAACCUCAACAACAAUAACAGAACCCUGGCGAAUAACAAUAAUAGCAUAAAGAUGCCGAUGCCGAUGCCCAUUGUGCUGGCCACGCCUAGUCUGGCGCAGGUGGCCAGCACGAGGUCCACCAGGAGGGGCGGGAUUAGUGGAUCCGGAGGAGGAGCUGCAGCCGGAGCAGGAGUGGUGGUGGUCCAGAGGCGGAGAAAGCCAAAUGCAUCCCUAAAGAGCAGGUCCCAUUUGAAAGCCAGCGAGAGCGGCUGCUCCUCCGGCAACUCCUCCUCCAUUCGGUGCGUGGACAGCGCCAGUUUGACCAGCGUGCAGCUCCAACUGCCGGCCAUCAAGCUGGAGCACCAGGAGUAGGGUCCUCCUCCCAACAAUCCAGCCCAUCUCGAAUCUAGUCAAAUGCGGCUUUGCACAAAACACAAAAAACAAAAAACAUAUGAGAAACUAAGAAAAUACGAAGGAUAGCACGGAUGCACUUGCCAUUUAAACUUAGACACACACAUUGUGAAUGCCAAAUAACCCAAAUGAAUUAGUAGAAGCAAGGGAAAAGCCUCAGAUAUACUAACUAUACGAAUUGAAUUUAGUGCCGAGAAGAGAACACCAAAAAAUUUGUUGACCAUUGAAACCAAAAACCAAAAUCAAAAACUAAAAUUGUUCCUAGUUAACAGAGCUAUAAAACAUUUACACAUUUUCUAGUUUUAGUAGUUAAGUAGUGGAGUACAUAUAAUCGUGCACAUAAUCUUGCUUAGAGCGCAACACAAACCAAAUAUUAACCAAUUUAAGUUGUACAAUUGGGUUAGUUCUAGCCAGUAAGUAGUAAAGCAAACAGGGAUCAGCCGUACUUGUCACCUCGUGACCUUUAGCCCAUCGUCAAGCCACCUUUUUGACCUUUUGACCCACCAAUCAAUCCCCGAAACGUAGUCAAUUCGCAUUGAAAAUGCGCGAAAGAGGGGGAAACAGUUUGCCAUUGGAGCUAAUUAGCUUUAGAAGUCCGGAGAUAUAUAUGUGCUAUAUACAUACAUAUGCGGAGGGGAUAUUCGAUAUAUUCACCUCGAAGUGCGUGCAAAAUUAAUUUUAUGUUGAUCUAUGACUAUUACCAUUAUUAUUGCUAUUGUGUUUUAUUCAAAUCAUUUUGACUAUUACUAUUACUAUUACUAUUACCAUUAUUAUUGUAUUGACAUGUUUAAUUUUUUAUGUAUCGCUAUUAUUUUAGUUGUUUUAGAGAAAAUUUUAUGUUUAAACAAGGUAAGAGUGAAGUGCAAAAUGGAGCGAAUGAGAAGCCAACAAAUUUUAUUGAAUAAUCCUUUGUUGUUGUGAUUUUAUUAUAAUUUGACUUUUAAUUAUUUGCUAGUAAAGAUUGUGUAAGCAGAAAUGCUAAAUAAACCAGCAAAUGACUUUGAA